AUGACCACUGAUGCCACAUCCCGCCCUCAGCACAUUGAGGAGAUCCUCUCUGGUCUCGACCGCUACAAUCCAGAGACCGUGAGUACGUUCCAGGACUAUGUUCAAAGCCAAUGCGAGAACAGGACAUACGACAACAUGGCCAACUUGGCCUUGUUGAAGCUCUACCAGUUCAAUCCUCAUCUCACUCGUGACGAGACCAUAACCAACAUCCUCGUCAAGGCCCUCACCGUCUUCCCCUCCCCCGAUUUCUCGCUCUGCCUACAUCUUCUCCCGCCCAACAGUCUCAUCGAGCCCCCAAUCGAUUCAUUUGCGGAGGCCGUACAGAAGUUGCACACCUUGUCAAACGCACUUGAGGAGGCUGAUUACCCUCACUUCUGGGCAACCCUUGACAGCGAUGAUCUCUAUGCCGAUCUGGUCGCUGACUGCUCUGGUUUCGAAGAGCUUGUGAGGUUACGCAUUGCUAUGGCAGUUGCACAGGCCUUCAGAGAGAUCAGCAGGGAUACCUUGGAAAGCUAUCUCAACGCGACAGAUUCCGUUAAACAAGGAGAACGAGGCCAUUACCACAGUAACAAGGGAGGUGGUCAAGAUAGAACAGUUUAG